AUGGGUCAGCUACUGGCACCACGAACUUUGCCAUCUCGACACUUUUCUCACUCUGGUGUAGACUACGCCGGGCCCAUAAUCUUGAAGAUGCGGAAGGGGCGAGCAGCAAAGACCUACAAAGGUUACAUUGUACUCUUCGUGUGCUUCGCCUCAUCAGCUAUACACCUCGAGCUAGUGACAGACUACUCCAUAGAAGGCUUCCUUGCAGCCUUCAAACGAUUUAUCGGGCACCGCGGAAUCCGCUUAUCACUCUCAAGUGACCGCAGCACAAAUCUCGUCGGUUCGGAUGCCGAACUUCGCAAACUCUUCAGCGCAUCAUCUCGCGAACUUGAACAUCCAGCGAAUCUCCUCACCAAUGACGGCACAGAAUGGAAGUUCAACACUCCAUCCGCUCCUCAGUUCGGCGGAAAAUGGGAAGCCGGCGUGAAGUCAGUGAAAUUCCAUUUGAAACGCGUAAUCGGAGACGCGGUACUCACGUACGAAGAAUAUUCCACGCUUCUCGUGCAAAUCGAAGCUGUUCUCAAUUCGCGACCUCUAUGUUCUCUCUCUGACGACUCAGCGAACAUUGAAGCUCUGACUCCUAGGCAUUUUCUCAUCGGAACAGCUCUCAAUACAGUGACAAAGCCAUCACUGAAUCAUCUGCCAGAAUCAAGGUUAUUGCGCUGGCAAUUACUGCGACAGGUGCUCGAAAGAUUUUGGCAUCGAUGGUCUACGGAGUAUCUACAGCGACUCCAAACCAUCUCGAAGUGGCAUCCGACCAACGACAUUCAAACCGGCACAUUCAUUCUCGUCGCGGACGGACGAUACAUGCCCUCGAAGUGGCCUCUCGCGCGCGUUACGGCAGUGCACCCACGUGCAGAUGGUCUCGUUCGGGUCGCAACUGUGCGCACUCAAUCCUCUACGCUUGUCACGAACGCCGCAUGUACAUACACAUAA